CGGGGGAAGGGGCCGCUGUCCGGAAGCGGCGGCGCCGAGGGCGGUGAGGGCGGCGCGGGUAUUUCUGUCUGGCAAAAAUGGGUGAACCCCAGCAAGUGAGUGCCCUUCCUCCGCCUCCAAUGCAGUAUAUAAAAGAAUAUACUGAUGAAAAUAUCCGUAAGGGCCUGGCUCCAAAGCCGCCUCCCCCUGUGAAGGACAGCUACAUGAUGUUUGGAAAUCAGUUCCAGUGUGACGACCUGAUCAUUCGGCCCUUGGAGAGCCAGGGUAUUGAACGGCUGCAUCCCAUGCAGUUCGAUCACAAGAAGGAAUUAAGAAAACUUAAUAUGUCUAUCCUGGUCAACUUUUUGGACCUCUUGGACAUCUUGAUAAGGAGCCCAGGGAGCAUAAAGCGAGAGGAGAAACUGGAAGACUUGAAACUGCUUUUUGUCCAUGUCCAUCACCUUAUAAACGAGUAUCGCCCCCACCAAGCCAGGGAGACACUGAGGGUCAUGAUGGAGGUGCAGAAACGCCAGCGCCUGGAGACCGCGGAGCGGUUCCAGAAGCACCUGGAGCGGGUCGUGGAGAUGAUCCAGAACUGCCUGGCUUCCUUGCCUGAUGACCUGCCUCAUGCAGAGGGAGGACUGAGAGUGAAAGUGGAGCCCAUGGAUACUGAUGAUGGCAGCAACUGCGUCGGACAGAGCGAAAAGCAGAGAGAGCGUUCUGGUGGCAAGAGGGAUCAGGUUUUAGACAAGGACGCAGCGAUGUGCAGCAUUAUCGACGAAAUGACAUGAAGAGAACACCUUGCCUUGUUAACGCACCACAGGGAGAGGCAGGAUGUAUUCUGGGGCUACACAUACUUUGUUUUGCUGUUGUACAAGCAGAUAAAGAGUUUCUUGUGCACGUGUUGGAGGUUGUGAGUGACUAGGCAGAUGAAAGUGUUUGAUAUUUUGUCACCUGAGUUUUUCUGGUAGAAAGAAAAAAGUAUAAUUUUUGUUAAACGUACCAUGAGGUGGUAGGCACAGAAUAAAGUUGACUUUUUCUGUUGUA